CCACAAUUUGGCCCAUCAGCUCCGCUUAAAAGUUAAAACCUUUUUCCCGCAAACCUUGGUCUGCAGACUAACAAAUUUACAGAGCUUUGACCAAGUGAGGGUGUCACGGUGACCGCCGACCGCCAUGUAUCGGACAGCAGCUUCGCGUCUCCGGGCUCUCAAGGAUCGUACAUCCAGCAGGAUACCAGCAAGGUUUGCAAGUUCAACAGCUGUUGCUACAAAAUCAUCUGGUCUCUUUAGUUGGCUGCUUGGGGAUGGGUCCAAGUCUAUACCUCCUCUAGAUUUUCCCCUUCCAGAUGUUGCUCUCCCACCAUCACUGCCAGAUUAUGUUGAGCCUGGUAAAAUUAAGAUCACUACUCUACCAAAUGGUGUCAAAAUUGCCUCAGAAACAUCAUCAAGUCCUGCAGCUUCAAUAGGGUUAUAUGUUAAUUGUGGGUCAAUCUAUGAGUCACCAAUCUCAUUUGGGACCACACAUCUACUUGAGCGUAUGGCUUUCAAAAGCACAGUAAACCGUAGCCAGUUGCGGGUAGUGAGGGAAGUGGAGGCAAUUGGUGGCAAUGUGCAAGCCUCAGCUUCUAGGGAGCAGAUGGUUUACACCUUUGAUGCUCUUAAGACUUAUGCUCCUCAAAUGGUAGAACUACUUAUUGACUGUGUGAGAAACCCUGCUUUCUUGGACUGGGAGGUCAAUGAACAGCUUAAGAAGGUGAAAGCUGAAAUAGCUGAAGCUUCCAACAAUCCUCACAGCUUGCUUUUGGAGGCAAUUCACUCUGCUGGUUAUUCGGGGGCCUUAGCAAAUCCUCUUCUAGCUACAGAAUCUGCCAUAAAUGGAUUGAAUGGUACAAUUAUCAAGGAAUUUGUUGCUGAAAAUUAUACUGCCCCUCGGCUGGUACUGGCAGCAUCUGGGGUUGACCAUGAGGAAUUGUUAUCAGUUGCGGAACCACUUCUGUCAGAUCUUCCUAAAAUUCCUCAACCUGUGGAGCCACAGUCUGUGUAUGUUGGAGGUGAUUAUCGCUGUCAAGCUGAUUCAGGGGAUACAACUCAUUUUGCUAUUGCAUUUGAACUUCCUGGUGGUUGGCACAAGGAGAAGGAAGCUAUGGCUUUGACUGUCCUCCAGAUGCUAUUGGGGAGAGGUGGAUCAUUUUCAGCUGGUGGUCCUGGAAAAGGAAUGCACACAAGGCUGUAUCUCUGUGUCUUGAAUGAGUAUCCCCAAGUUCAGUCAUUUUCAGCAUUCAGCAACAUCUACAAUCAUAGUGGGAUUUUUGGCAUUCAGGCUACUACAAGUCCAGAUUUUAUACCAACGGCUUUUGAUGUAGCAGCCAAGGAGCUUAUUGCCGUUGCAAAACCAGGAGAAGUCAACCAGAUACAACUAGAUCGUGCUAAACAAUCAACAAAAUCUGCAAUCUUGAUGAACUUGGAAUCCAGAAUGGUUGCCUCAGAGGAUAUUGGUAGACAAGUUUUGACAUAUGGGGAAAGGAAACCUGUGGAACAUUUCUUGAAGGCCGUUGAAGAAGUCACACUGAAAGAUAUUUCUACAAUAGCCCAAAAGCUUCUGUCAUCCCCGCUCACAAUGGCAUCAUAUGGAAACGUUAUUAAUGUCCCAAGCUACGAUUCAGUUAGCAGCAAGUUCAAAUUGAAGUAAAUGAGAUUGCUUUCCUGCAUCAAAGUGGGCAGUUGUCUGAACUGUUGUUUGUAAUUUUGUGCAUCUGCAAUUCCUAGGAGCAAUUUUACAACAAGAUGAAGUUGUUGAAAAUGAGGAGUCUAGACGUUGGCUUAUUUAACAAUAAAUAGUUUAUCCCAUGCAAACAGCAUGAGUUGAAUUGGUUUGCUGUUGGGAUGCACUUCAGGACUAUUCUAUAUUCUUUGUACUCCAAUUUUUCCAGUUCCGGAUAAUAAUGAUCUUCGCCUAAU